UGCUCGAAGACAGUCUCACGUUCCAGACGGCACCGAGGAAUUUCAUGCCUUGUCCGCAGUGCUUUCCACGGUCUCUUCCCCUCCGCAGGCGAUGGAGCCCCCAAAUGUGUCUGCUGUCACUGAGUUUCAGCUGCUGGGGUUCCAGAACCUUCUCGAGUGGCAGUCUCUGCUGUUUGCCGUCUUUCUGUUCAUGUACGUGCUCACGGUGGCGGGGAACGUCGUCAUCAUCGCCGUGGCGAGCCAUGACCGGCGGCUGCACACGCCCAUGUACACGUUCCUCAAGCACCUGUCCUUCCUGGAGGUCUGGUACACCUCCACCGUCGUGCCCGUGCUGGCCGGCCUGCUGGCCCGGGGCCGCGCCAUCUCCUUCCCCGCCUGCAUGGCCCAGCUCUACUUCUUCGUGUUCUUCGGGGCCACCGAGUGCUUCCUCCUGGCCACGAUGGCCUAUGACCGCUACCUGGCCGUCUGCAGCCCCCUGCACUACCCCCUCCUGAUGCGCCCCGAGACCUGCGCCAAGCUGGUGGCCGUCUCCUGGGUGGCCGGGGUGGGCACCGGGGCCCUGCCCUGCCUGAUGAUCGCCAGGCUGGACUUCUGUGGCCCCAACCGGAUCGACCACUUCUUCUGCGACCUGCCCCCCCUGAUGCGGCUGUCCUGCUCCAGCGUCUACCUCACCGGGGUGGUCAUCUUCGCCCUGUCCGUGGCCGUGCUGUGCGUGUGCUUCCUGCUCACCCUCGUGUCCUACGUCCUCAUCGUGGCCGCUGUCCUCAGGAUGCCCUCGGCCUCCGGCCGCGCCAGGACCUUCUCCACGUGCGGCUCCCACCUGGCCGUGGUCAGCAUCUACUACGGCACCAUGAUCUCCAUGUACGCGCGCCCCAAUGCCCGCCUGUCCCCCGAGAUCAACAAGGUCAUGUCCGUCUUCUACACCGUGGUCACCCCGCUGCUGAACCCCGUCAUCUACAGCCUGAGGAACACAGACUUCAAGGAGGCCGUCAGGACAGCGGUGGCGAGGAGGGGCCGCGUGCGCGGCCUCAGAGCGAGGGGCGGCUUCUCGCCCGGGUGA